CCUGCCGGAUUUGCAUCACUACACGAGCUGUAUCUUGACAACGCACCUCUGGACGACUACGAUCUAGUCUGUGUUCACAGUCUGCCUGCUCUUUCGAGGCUUUUCUUGUCAUUUACUGGGAUCAGUGACGAGGCCAUCUUUCACCUUGUGGCCCUUCGCCAAACUCUCACUACCCUCGUUAUCAUCGGCAACCCAAAGAUAACUAACGAUUCGAUCCCGGCUUUAACGCUCAUGGAUAAGCUACGGGUCCUUUGUCUUGAGGACACUGGAGUAACGAUGGUCGGUUUGCGCAGGCUCGCUGCCUUUAUUUCCGAUCGAUUCGACGUGACCAGCGAAGUUGCGAUCGACUUCAGCUUAAGCGUACCUGAAAGCUGUAGAGCGUAUCUGGACGACCUUCCGAAUAUGUAUCUCAUUGACCCGCCGUCACCCCUCAUCAGCUCUCCUACCGCCUGCUCAGACAUUUCUGUCGCAGCUCUGAAACGUAACCUCAUCCAACACACCGCCGUCAUCCUGAAGGGAACCAAGGCAGAGCUGAGACGGAAACUGGACAAAUUCCUGGAGUUGAGGGAGGCAGAUCUGAGGGUGAGGGACUUAAUUGGUUGUGUGGCGGAGGUCGAACUUGAAGAGCAAGAGGAAGGCGAGUUGGAAGGCGAUGAAGAGAACGAUGAAGAUGAUGGAGAAGAAAGGUACUCGCAGGGCGAUAGUGAGGAGGACGAUGGUUCGCAGGAGGUCUGA